GUUCUCAGAGUAGGAGAUGAGAGGAGUAGUGAGAAACGCAGGCUAAAAGAGACGAGUACAAAGACUUUGGGACUUUGGGACAUGGAACGGACUGACGCAGUGAACAAAUCUGCCUUCAAACCACCUGACAUGAUGUUGAUUUUCCUGCUUUUUUGGCUAAGCUUGUCAACAACAAGCGGGGCUCCCAAUCUUAAGAAAGUACCCACAGAGGCACCUCUUCUUGUCACCGCACCGCCAACUGAGACUAGAUCCCGCUUUGCCAUGUUAGAUGACGUACGACUCCUUGCUAACGGUCUUCUCCAGCUCGGCCAGAGCCUCAGAGAGUUUGUGCACAAGACCAAGUCUCAGAUCAACGACAUCUUCCAGAAGCUCAACAUUUUUGAUCGCUCCUUCUACCAGCUCUCAGUGGUCACCAGUGAAAUCAAAGAGGAAGAGGAGAAGUUGAAGGAGACGACCGUAUUUUUGAAGGCCAAUAAUGAGGAGAUCAGAAACUUGUCACUGGAGAUCAACUCCAAAAUCAACAACAUCCUCCAAGAGCGAAGCCAGUUGCACAGCAAGGUUGGUGGGCUGGAGGAGAAGCUGAAGGGCUUGUCUCAGAGCAUGUUGCCUCUGGAGCAACUUCACGAGAUUGCUGCUUUGAAGGAUGUGAUUGAAACACAAGAAAGGACCAUUACAGAUCUGCUUAAAUCUGUUAAAGAGCAACACGAACAGCUCAGUUACCAGAAGACCAAAAUUAAGAGUCUUGAGGAUAAGAUGAACUAUGACUCUUUUCAAGACACAGUGGAAAAACCUUUGGAUUUAAAUCCAGAAACACUUGAUCCUUUUCGUUACUUAAUGAACUCCACCAAUGGAACUGCAGAAAUAAAUGACUUUCCAAUGGACUGCAGUGAUGUGUUCAAAAGAGGGCAAAGGACCAGUGGCAUUUACCCAAUCAAACCUAAUCAAUCUGAGCCAUUCUAUGUUUACUGUGAGAUAAGUACUGAUGAUGCAGCCACAGUCAUUCAGAGGAGGGAGGAUGGUUCUGUUGAUUUUGACCAGUCAUGGGAAAAAUACGAAUAUGGAUUUGGCAAACUGGAAAAAGAGUUCUGGCUUGGCUUGGCGAAGAUUUAUUCCAUUGCUCAACAAGGACAAUACAUUUUACACAUUGAACUGGAAGACUGGAAGAAGGAAAAGAGAUUCAUAGAGUACACAUUCACCAUGGAAGGUCCUGCAUCUGAUUACGCCCUUCACGUGGCACCUCUGUCUGGAGAUCUGCCUGAUGCCAUGAGCAACCACACGGGCAUGAAGUUCUCAACCAAGGAAAGAGACAACGAUAAUCAUGACGAGUCAAACUGCGCACGCAACUACACAGGAGGUUGGUGGUUUGAUGCAUGUGGGGACACCAACUUAAAUGGGAGAUACGUCUGGAUGAGGUCAAGGACUCGGCACCAGCGCAGGAAAGGAAUCUACUGGAACCCAGCCAAAGGAAGCUCCUAUACCCUCAAAUCCACAAAGAUCACCAUCAGACCAUCAACCCAGUUUCAAUAAUCCCUGAACCUAUACUCUCCAUUGGGUAAUUCAGAAUCAAUCAGAGGGGUCACAUUGGCAGCAGACACUGGCCAACAAAGCUUUUCCGUUUCUCUGAAGACAGCAGAAACUAAAUGAUGCAACUGCAACAGGUUAUUGACUCCGGUUGAGGGUAAAAACCAAGUCAAAGGGGUAUUGCAACAUGCAUGUGUUAGUUCGAAAUAUUCAUAGGUCAUCAACUUACAGUUUGCUGAUCAAGAAAAGUUGU